GGCUCAUUCUACCCUCUCCCUCGCAUAGAGUGCAGGUGCGCCUUUUCGUUUUUCUCUCCUUCUUGCUGUAGCUUUUCCCACUCAGAGAUCGAGAGGGAGGAGUGAGAGUUGAGGGGGCUGCAAUGGCGAAGAACUUGAAGUGCUUGCCUCUGUGUUCUAUGGGCUUUCUUGUGCUUCUGGUAGGCGGUCUCGGGUGGCUUGGUGUCGGAGGAAAUAUCUCUGUUGCAAGCACCAUUGGAGCGGCUAGGCGGAGUUUAAUCGAGAAGUCGGAGAGCGCGAAUUCUUCUACUUUAACGAGGUCUGAGCAGACGCCGGUGAUGGGUGCUGUCGGCGAUCCUGAGAAAGUUGUGUCCGAGGUUCAUAUGGCGAUCAAUGCAAGUACAACCAGGCGCAACCUCGCCUUCCUGUCAUGCGGCACCGGAAACCCCAUCGACGACUGCUGGCGGUGCGAUCCUACAAAAGCCCGCAAGCGGCUUGCCGACUGCGGCAUUGGCUUCGGCCGCAACGCAAUCGGAGGCCGCGAUGGUCGGUACUACAUCGUCACCGAUCCUAGCGACGAUGAUCCGGUGAACCCACGGCCCGGUACUCUCCGCCAUGCGGUGAUCCAGGACGAGCCUCUCUGGAUCGUGUUCAAGCGGGACAUGGUAAUUGUUCUCAAGGAGGAGCUCAUCAUGAACAGCUUCAAAACCAUCGAUGGUCGCGGCGUCAAUGUACACAUCGCUAACGGUGCCUGCCUAACCCUCCAGUUUGUGAACAAUAUCAUUAUCCAUGGGCUUCAUAUCCAUGACUGCAAACCCACCGGAAACGCCAUGGUUCGCAGCUCGCCUUCGCAUUAUGGCUGGAGAACGUUGGCUGACGGAGAUGGGGUUUCCAUCUUCGCAUCGAGCCAUAUUUGGGUGGAUCACUGCUCGCUCUCCAACUGCGCCGAUGGGCUUGUAGACGCCAUCAUGGGAUCCACGGCCAUCACCAUUUCGAAUAAUUUUUUCACGCACCACAAUGAGGUGAUGCUGCUGGGCCACAGCGAUUCCUACGAUAGAGACAAGGCGAUGCAGGUUACCAUAGCUUUUAAUCAUUUUGGAGAGGGUCUUAUUCAGCGAAUGCCAAGGUGCAGGCAUGGCUAUUUCCAUGUGGUCAACAACGAUUACACUCACUGGGAGAUGUACGCCAUUGGAGGCAGCGCAGAUCCCACCAUCAACAGCCAGGGGAAUCGAUACCUUGCUCCGGUUAACCCAUAUGCCAAAGAGGUGACGAAGAGGGUGGACACAAAUCAAAACGUUUGGAAGGGAUGGAAUUGGAGAUCUGAGGGGGAUCUUCUGCUCAACGGAGCAUUCUUCACUCCCUCUGGUGCGGGGGCAUCUGCCAGUUAUUCAAGAGCAUCAAGCCUGGGAGCCAAGUCUUCUUCCAUGGUGGCAUCCAUCACCUCCGGAGCUGGCGUUCUUUCCUGCCGCCGGGGAGCUCAAUGCUAGUGCCUGCUUCAAUUAAAAGAUUGCAAAAAGGAAACGACUUUAAUUGGGCAAAUGUCAUAGAGAGUUUCAUUUGUUAUUUUUAUUUUAUUUUAUUUUUACGUUUUACAGCAUUAUCCAGGUCACAAUUUGUAACCUCCCCCUGCUUCUAUUGUAACUCUUUUAAGGUAUGAGGCAGGCGUGGAAGCGUUGCUGAUUUGAUUUACCAAAACCUUUAUUUUAAGAUUCAGACUGCUACCUGUUUGGUGCGUGCCAUUUGCCAAUUGUUCCAUCUCCCA